AUGAGCUCCAUUCUGGAUGUCCGGAACCUCUACCAGAACUUGAUCAACCUCUCGCUGAGCGAAGAGCUGGACGCGCCCGCCUCCAACUUCUCCUGUGGCCCCAAGGGUGAGCAGCUGCGGCCCCUGCUGCACCCGGACCACUCGGUCAGCCUGAUCGAAGGCAAGGCGGCCCAACCGCUGCCGCCCCUGCCGCUGGGCUUCCUGCCGCUGAAGCCACCCAGCGCGCCCGCCCCGUCAUCCUGCUACAAGACGGAGAUGUGCCGCACCUUCAACGAGAGCAGCUGCUGCAAGUAUGGCGCCAAGUGCCAGUUCGCCCACGGCUCAUCUGAGCUCCACUCCAUCAGCUGCCACCCCAAGUACAAGACAGAGCUGUGCCACAAGUUCUACCUGCACAGCGAGGGUCCCUAUGGCUCCCGCUGCCACUUCAUCCACUUCCCCGAAGAGGCAGGUCUUCGGCAGGCACGGAGCACCUCCCCGCACCUCCUGUGCCAGAGCGUCAGCUUCUCUGGGAUGCUCAGUGCCCACCGCGCCUCUCCGCUGCUCAGCCUGCCCGACCCAGCCUCCUUCACCCGGGCGCCCUCUGUGUCACCGCCGCCCACCUCCGCCAAGCUCCUCUCGCCCGCCUUCGAGCACCUCAACCUGGACCCGCUCGCCCUGGUGGCCUCCUUUGGGGACUCACUGGCACUGACCCCCACCGGGGGCUGCUGCUCCUGCCACUGCAGGAAGGCAGUCGUCAGGUUAUAA